AAUUGAUUAAAAAUAAAGUUGUCAAGCGUCAGACCAAUACAUAAUUCGUUUAAGGAAAUUUGUUAAUUUCAGCAUUUCCCACAGUUUAUUCAACAAAAAGUACACAAAUUCGAAUAAAUUAUAAACUCACCUUAUUGUGCGAACUAGUAAGAAGUUAAUAGAUAUUGGUUAAAAGUAAUAUUUCUUUUCACACGUCUAUUAGCCAUCAAUAAUUUGUCAACAUGGGACGCCGAUCUAUAAACACCACUAAAAGUGGAAAAUAUAUGAACCCCACUGAUCAAGCGAGGAAAGAAGCAAGAAAAAAAGAGCUAAAAAAAAACAAAAGACAGCGUCAAAUGGUCAGAGCUGCUGUGCUGAAAAUGAAAGAUCCUGUUCAAAUAUUGGAGGAACUACAGAAAAUUGAUGAAAUGGAAUUCAAUGUACUGCAGCCAUCUCCACUUAACGAAAAAGUAUUGAAAGAGAAAAGAAAAAAACUCAAAGAAACUUUUGACAGAGUCCUCAAAAUGUAUGACAAAGAUGAGCCAGAGAAAUGGGUAGAUCUCAAACGUCAAGAAAUGGAAUAUGAAAAGAGGAGAGCCCAUUUAAUAUCAUAUUACGAAUCAGUGAAGCAUGCUCAAUCUGUUCAAUUGGAUGAUAUUCCGUUGCCUGCAAUACAAGUUCCUGACAACAUUCUGUACAAUACUGCGCCCCCUUCACAAAUACCGCUGCCCGCGGAUAUUACCCAAGCCCCGCCUGGUCCAGUGAAAUCUAUACUCAAAAAGGAAACUAUUUACAAAGAAAAACCCGCGGGAGUUGAACCACCCGGGGUACCGCCCGGUCCGCCUGUUGAUUUCCAUACCCUUCUAGUAGAAGCUAAGCACGAUAAAAAGAAGAGUCUCAGGUUUUCUGAAAUAGUGGAUGAAGGUCCACCCGGAGAAACAGCACUUCCGCCGAAAUUACCGCAGCUUCCGAUGCUACCCCCCGUUGAGGACUUAGAUGGUGAAGCGAUCGACGACAGCGACGUGGCUGGAGCAACAGCCACUCCUAAACCGACUUCUCUGCAACAAAGAAUGUUGGCACUUUCUGGACAGAACAUUGAUGAUUUCAUGAAAGAAAUGGAAGAGGUUCAUCGAAAGAGAGAGAGAGAUCGUGCGGCCGAUUUGAGUGCACGAUUAAGUGCAUUGAAACGUGGUGACGGCCGAGACAGCGAUUCUGACAGCGACCUGGAGCCUCCGCCCCCGCACGUGUCGGUGCAGCCGCCCCCGGUGCCGCCGCUAAUGGCGCACGACUUCACGCUGGAGCCGCCCGGCGUGGAAAUCCGAUCGAUACCACCUCCCCCCCUACUUCCUCCUGGUGUCCGGCCGGCGCUGCGCCUGGCGCCGCCGGGGCCGCCGCCGGGCGCUCCGCCCCGCCUGCUGCGGCCGCUGGUGCCGCCGCCGCCGCCCAAGCCCGCGCCGCACGUGUCCGUACUCUCCGCCGCGCCACAGCUCAUCACCAAGAAGGACUCACAAGGUGCGACUAUAAGUGCGAAACCUCAAAUAAGGAACCUGUCGGCCGACGUUACGAGAUUCGUGCCGUCGGCUCUGCGAGUGAAACGCGAGGACAAGAAGUCUAAACCGAUCAAGUCUAAUGUUCACAAGCCGACAGAUAUUCCUAAACAGGCUCCCACUAAAGACGACGCCUACUCACAGUUCAUGAGGGAAAUGGAAGGACUUUUAUAAGCUAAAUGGAUAGGUUUACGUUUUGAGUACCACAACGCAGAUCGAAACAGCGUGCCUUUGAAAUUCAAAUAGUAAAUUUAUAGUAAAAUUAAAAAAAAAGUAUUCAAGCAAUGUCCCAUUUAUUUUAAUUUUAAUUUGGCAAAAUUUGUACUAAAUAUUAUUUAACAAAAUUCUCUUUUUAAAUUUUAACAUAGAAUACCUACAAACCGUGUUUGUGUAGUUAAUAAUCUAUGGAUAGCACUCGACGUAAUUUGGUACUACGAACUGUGUGUAUGAAAUAUUUUUAUUGAGAAUUGCUUGUGGCAUUAAUUAUGAAACUGAAGUAUUUUAUGAAGAUAUAAAAUGUUCAUGGCAGAUGACAACUUGGUAUGCAGCGCUCUUCGUAACGGAUUUUCUGUCAGUCUUAUUUGUAAAUAAGUGUUAAAAAUAAAGUAUCUUUCAGUUCGAAUAAAUAGUACAUUUAAGUACGGUA